AGUGGCUCAGAGUGGUAUUUUACUCAAAUAUCUCACUCAACUUUUUUGUUGAUCUCCCAUUAGUUACUUUCUGAGGCUCAACAGUCAGCAUGUCGUCCUUACCCUUCACAGACUUGGACAGUGAGAUGGGGGAGCUCCUGGAUGAGUUCGAGGCCGUGGUGGAGAAGAUGUCAGUGCCGCCGGUGAGCGCGCGCGUGGCGGAACUGCGAGGCGGCUACGGGGACGCGGUGACGGACAGCGGCAUCGAGGAUGCGGAUGACGCUAGUGAACCAUCUCAGGCAAGCAGCUUAAAUGCGAGUGUAGAAGAGCUCAACACCGCAGGCGUAUCGACUUCACAGAAAGCCAAACUCGGGGACACCUCCGACCUAGAGAGCUUUAUCGAGAACUUGGACAAGGAGCUUGCAGAGAUGUGAACAGACAGGACUCAUGUAACUACAGGACAGGAGCCAAGACUAUCAGCACGUACCAGCAAGAAGACACGGAAACCUGGCAUCAAUGAACAAACUAAAUCCUCGUCUUGGACAGAAGAUUCCUUUGUUGUACUGCACCCAAGAACAAUAAUUAUGGAAAACAAAUUACAACGAAGACAUUUUAGCAUCAGCAAUGUUUUAACCGGUUAAAAUGCACCUGUGUAUAUAUAUUUAUAUGUAUUACCACAAAAAUUGGUAUUUUAGGAGUUGGGAAAAUGCUAAUCAAUAGUCCAAAAUUGUAUUGAUUAUGAACCUCAGCCAUUAAUACAACUGGAUUUAUUAUGAAGGAAUUUUUUUUUUUUUUGUAAGUCAGAAGAUUUCAGAUGUUCAAAUGUUGAAUUCUGGCUAAAAGAAUUUUUUAUAUUGAUGCUGACUUUAUAAACUGUAACACCUUUUUUAACCCAGUCAACUCAUAUAUUUGAAGAUUUUUGACAUAUGAACUAAAAACUUUUUUUUUUAACUUCUGAAUGCAUAAAGACUCAUGGCAGCUAUUUGUAUAAAUAAUGCUUUAUGUUGUAUGUACUUUCCAAAUAUUCAUAUUAUUGCACAUAGUCUGUUUACACUGCAAUUGAGCAAUAUUUUUUAUAGAAAAGGAAACCUGUAAAAUAAAAAAAAACUAUUUAA